GGACCCGGGGCGGCGUCCCGGAGCGACAGUGCCACUCCGAAGUUGCGCCGGACCUUGGCCCCGACAGUCGGAGCUUUCCGCGCGAUCCGGCCGUCCUUCCGCGGUCCUCCCGCCGUCUGCCGUCCUCAGCCGCCCCCCGUCCUCCGCUCCCAACCCAGCGCCGGCCAUGACGGGCUCGCUGUUCAAGGGGAACUUCUGGAGCACGGACAUUCUCAGCACCGCAGGCUAUGACAGCAUCAUCCACCACCUGAACAAUGGCCGCAAGAACUGCAAGGAGUUUGAGGAGUUCCUGAAGGAGAGGGCAUCAAUUGAAGAGAAAUAUGGCAAAGAUCUGCUGAGUCUCUCCAGGAAGAAGCCGUGUGGACAGUCCGAGAUCAAUACCUUGAAGAGAGCCCUUGAGGUCUUCAAGCAGCAAGUAGACAAUGUGGCCCAGUGUCACAUCCAGCUUGCGCAGACUCUAAGAGAAGAGGCCAGGAAGAUGGAGGAAUUCCGGGAAAGGCAGAAGCUGCAGCGGAAAAAGACAGAAAUGAUAAUGGAUGCUGCCCACAAACAAAGGAGCUCACAGUUCAAGAAAGCCAUGGAUGCCAAGAAGAAUUAUGAGCAGAAGUGCCGGGAUAAGGAUGAGGCGGAGCAGGCUGUCCACCGCAGCGCCAAUGUGGCCAAUCAACGGCAACAAGAAAAGCUUUUUGUGAAACUGGCGACUUCAAAGACUGCAGUAGAGGAUUCAGACAAAGCAUAUAUGCUGCACAUCAACAUGCUGGAGAAGGUUCGAGAAGACUGGCAGAGUGAGCACAUUAAGGCCUGUGAGGUGUUUGAGGCUCAAGAAUGUGAACGGAUCAACUUCUUCCGGAAUGCAUUGUGGUUACAUGUGAAUCAGCUGUCACAACAGUGUGUCACAAAUGAUGAGAUGUAUGAACAAGUCCGUAAGAGUUUAGAAACAUGCAGCAUUGAGAAGGACAUCCAGUAUUUUGUGAACCAGCGGAAAACCGGACAGAUUCCCCCAGCACCCAUCAUGUAUGAGAAUUUCUACUCUCCUCAGCGGAAUGCCGCCCCCGCAGGGAAGACGACAGGGCCCAACCCAGCAAGGAGAGGACCUCUCCCAGUUCCUAAGCGUAUACCAGAUGACCCCGAUUACUCUUUGGUUGACGAUUACAGUUUGCUGUAUCAGUGACAUCAGAGGUGAAAAGAAAGCUUUCCUCAGCUGCUGCUCCUGUGACAUGACGAGAGACUCCAGGAGCACAACAAUCCAUAGCCAAAUUGUGUCAAUCAUGAAGACUUUGAUGUGAACCCUUGUUGAAAAAAAAUUUUUUUUUGAUAUUUUAAAUUUAUAGUAGACAUUUGACUCAACUUAGCCGAGUAGAAUUCUGCAGAGUCCUUUUUUUCCCCCUUGGAGAGUUUACAUACUGCCCCAGAAGGAAGAAUUAUUAUUUCCUGGCUAGUUACUAAGGUUAUGAGUGUUGUUUCCUGUCGGGAAGCAAAACCACUCUGGAUCCGCAGCAUUGGCUUGAGCAGGGCUGUGGAGGAUGGCGCCAGUUUCCAAAGAUGCUCCUUGGGCUGUGGGAAGGAGGGCCGUGGGAACGGGAGUGGGGGGCAUCUUCUCUCAGUGGUGCAAUGUUUAAAACUACCUUUGUGUUUAGCUGGAAGACGUACAAGAGUCUGAUUGGACUUGCUCAUUUCACAGAUGGGAAAACAAGACCCAGCGAGCAGGGUGGGAUCAGUUUCCUUACAACUCUGACAGCCAGCAAGAGACAGAACCAGACCUAGAGCACAACUCUCUGGCCCAGUCCUGUUCUAGCCCUUUGUGUGGCUGUCAUGCUCCUGCGGGCUGAAUGAGGGAGUAAAGAUUCUGAGCAAGCCUGAUGACCUGUACCCCAUCCCUGGAACCCACGUAAAGGUGUGAGGAGACAGUCUGUUCCAUCUUGGCCUCUGGCUUCCACACAUGUGCAUAGCAGUGAUUGACAUGUGCGAGGGCAGACAUACACACACACACACACACACACACACACACACACACACACACCACACCACACACAUACCACACACAUACAGAGACACAAACAUACCAUAUACACACCACCACCACACACACACACACACACACACACACACACACACAAAACACACAUUUAAAAAGGAUAUUUGGCUAACAUUUUUUUCCAGCCAAUAAAAUGACUGGAAUUUAAGUGUCAGAAUUAUUUUUACAAAAAAUGCAAUGUACUGAAUAAACCACAGCGGAGAGAGUUUCCAAUCUAUGAGUCCCUGGAUUGUAAAGUACACUCUAGUUUGUAUCUAUGGAGGUAUGUUGGGUGGGGGCUGCUAACUAAGUUGUGACAGUCUGUAGAUGGCCAACUCCAUUUGAUUUUGAGGCAGGAAAGUUGAAAAAAAAUUAGACUCAAAGAAAUAUGGUAUUUAAUGGUUCCUCAGGGCUGGAGAGAUGGCUCAGUGGUUAACAGCACUGACUGCUCUUCCGAAGGUCUUGAGUUCAAAUCCCAGCAACCACAUGGUGGCUCACAACCAUCCAUGAUGAGAUCUGAUGCCCUCUCCUGGUGUGUCUGAAGACAGCUACAGUGCACUUACAUACAAUAAAUAAAGCCCAUAUUCAAUCUCAAAUCUUUCCAGAAAGUCUCCUUCUGCUGUAAUCUGGAACAUUUAAGGAGGCAUUAUCGCUGCAGGGAGAUCAUGCACUGUGGAUGGUGCUUGGGUGUAUGGUGUCACCCAAGUCAGUGGCACUGGAGCCAGGACAAAGUCUGUAGCCAGACUUCUUAUUGGCAUGUUGUAAAUGUCCGUGCCACUGCAAAGGACAAUAACAUUCUUCUCCUCUGUGCAAUGUCAGCAUGCUGGAGGCUGAGACAGGAGGGCUGUGAGGCUGAGACCGGUCUGGAAACAUAGUGAGAACCCAUGUCAGCCCAUUCUCUACCCAAAGGUCAGCUAUUUCCCCUCUUUCAAUGUAAGAUGGGCCCAGCAUGGCAGCCUGGUGGCACGACAGGAUAUGUGCACCAGUUGGGCAUCCUUUUGAGAAACUCAGGUUUGCAAAGGUCUGUUGACUUCCCAAACUGGAUAACCUCAGGAAAUUGUCCAUUGCACAUAGAAUAUUCUGUUUUUAAGUAUAUUAUUUAUUGUUGUUUUUCAAUGAUCUAUAUUUUCUAUCAAUCAGCAUAACUGAUGUAAACGUGUUUCACGAGUGUAAAAUAAUAUUACAUUUAUGGCUUUUUUUUCCUGCUUGACAUGAAGUAAAAUAAAAGUUUCUGAUGAUUUGGGA